GGCCUACUUAUCAUUGUAUACAGUAUUGUAUCAAUUCAUAGUAAUGUCUAAGUAAUAGUAAUAGUCUUGUCACUGUCACUGACUGCAUGUUAUGUUCGACAACAAAUACUGAGUCCAACCAAAUGGAUUUUGUUUUUCCUAUUAGAACUUUAUCGUUGAUAUUAAUAAUAUUUAUUGUUUAAAUGACUCCGAUUUUAAACAGGAAUCCAGAAUUUCGGUUUGGUCGGGUUUAAGUUUAAUCUAUUCCUAAGUGUAACGUAACAUAAUUUCUAAAUCAAAAUAAGACUAUUAAUAAAUAUUGCGGUGCAUAUUGGUUUCUGCUAUUUUUAAUCAUUAAAUUAAAUUAAUGGCUUUGUCAUGCGGCCGCGUCGUAUAAAAAAUAUGCAAAAAAAUUUUGAGUAAUCUAAGCAACGUAACUGUAGUAAAAAAAAAAAAAAAAAAAUCAAAUUAAAAAAUCCAUACAGCUUCUUUAAAAUUCGUUGAAAAAAAAAUUUUUCUUGGUUGCUAAAAAAUAAAAAUGUGCAUUCAAGUUCAAGCGAUUCUAACAUAACUUAAAAAAAAAAAUGCAAAAAAAUUUUAAGUAAACUAAACAACGUAACUGUAAUAAAAAAAAAAAAAAAAAAAAAUCAAAUUAAAAAAUCCAUACAGCUUCUUUAAAAUUCCUUGAAAAAAAAAUUUUUCUUGGUUGCUAAAAAAUAAAAAUGUGCAUUCAAGUUCAAGCGAUUCUAACAUAACUUUUGCGAGAAAUCUGGCUCUAUAUGUAACAAAAGUUCAAAGGUCCUUUACCCAAAACAAAAUAAUAACAAAUAACUAUGCUGCUUUGCCUGGCUUAUCCACAAUCGCUCAAGCUGAGACUUAAAACUAGAGCGUUAAACAGAUUUUAAUUACAUUCAAAAGUAGGGAAUAACACCUAUUUUCUUGAAUAUAUUAGUGUAUUGUAUUAUGCCUACUAACUAUAAUUAUGUUAUAGGCCCUAGAUGCCUAGCAAGACCUGCCUAACUUCUAAGAAUUAAUUUAAUUAUAACAUUUAAAAAAAUACGAUGAUUGAAUGAAUUGAAUACGGCUUAAACUUUAUUUUUAUAAAUACUUGGUCAUCUUACAGCAGUCUUGGAUAUCAUCUACAUUUGCUGUACAAUGCAACUAUGCAAUCAAUUGCCUAUUAUUGGUUAUAUUUUUAGGCCUUUACUUUAAAAAAAGUCUAAUAUAUAAUAAUAUCUAACUCUAAUACUUAAUACUAAUACCACUGAAGACAAAGGACAAAGAGUAAGAGGAUAAAAGUCAAUAAGUUUAUAAUUAUUAAAUAUUUAAAUUUAAGCCAAAGUAAAGACACCUAAUCCUGAACAGGAUAAAAUAGAAGGCUGUUACUGUUGCACUCAAAAUCAAUAAGUUAUUCAAGCAGUCUAAUACUAAUACUUAUAAUAAUACUAAAUUAGUUAGUUACUUAGUUAGGCCUAUACCACAUACAGUUAAUAAUAAUAAAAAAUACAACAGACAGUGUAAUCUGAUACUAGCAAUAAUAUCAAUAUUAAAAUUAAUGAUAUUAAGAAUGGCUUGCUAUUAUAUUCUGUUACAUUUAAAUAUUUAGUAGGCUAUAAAAGUAUGACUGGCUCCUGUUACUUGAACAUAUAGGUGCUCAAUAGUCCAAUAUUAUUUUUUGUGCAUUGGAAUUCUCACCUACGCUCACACUGAUAUUCUGAGUUCUGUUUUAAUUAUUGUGUGUUUUUACUUAUCACGUGAAAUAUUUUUUAGUUAAUUUAUUAUGGCAGUAUUGUGAGCCUAAAUCUUUAAUUUUAUAUUAAUACAUUAUGUUUUUAAUUUUUACAGUUCUGUCUGCCUGUUUGGUUGCAUCAGAAUUGUUCAUUAUGUCGGUAACCAAUGCCAAUGCGGUUGGCACAGGGAAUAGACUGAAAACAAUUUUCGGACAUCUUCAGCAACAAGAGAUUAGUUCUUAUGUUGUAUCCAUAUUAAUUAAUUUAAAAUUACUUAUUCAAAAUUCAUAUUUCCUUAAAAAAGUUUUAGAUGUAUUUAUUUUAAACAUAUUUCUAUAUAUAAAUAUAUAUUGGGGGGAUUAGGGAGUUAUUUUAUAUAUGUGAUUAGGCCUAUGGAAUAGAAACAUCUAGUUUAUAUUAUUUAAUAUCAUGUAGUAACUUUCUAACUAAAUCAUAAAAAAAUACUGUGAUUAAUUUUAUAUUGUCUGGCUUCUAUUUCUUGUGUUUUUAAUUUGUUAAAAUUUCAAUAACAGCAUUUUUUUUAAUGAUAUUAAAAAUAAAAGAAUCCUUGAGAAUAUUGUAAACAUAUAUGUUCAUUAAUAUUAUAUCGCUCAACAAAUACCUGAAAUGCUUUAACUGGUGAAAGACUCCACAUGUAACUUCUGCAUCAGCUGGAGUGGCAGACACUUUACCUUUCAAAUACACAGUUGAUAAUCCCAAAUUGACUCUUGAGCAGCGCCAAUUUUAUGAAGAAAAUGGAUUUCUUGUUAUAAAAAAAUUGGUGUCACCACAGAAACUUGAUUUAUAUCGGUAAAUAGUGUUUUUUUUUUGUUGUUGUAAUUUGUGGCAUUUUACAACCAUUGAGAUUGUGCCUCAUACUUUUAUGCAUGGUUACUUUAUUAAUCAACUUUUCAGUGUAGAAUUAAAAUUUAAAAAAAAAAUAAAAUAAAUAAUAGUGAUCCCCCCCCCCCCCCCCCCAAAAGGCAAUCCCCCCCCCCCCCCCCAUGCAAUGUUCCCUAUAACCCGGCUAUAUGCAUGCGCUCACACACAUAUCUAUUGAGAGCCUGCACACAUUAUUUAAAUAAUUUAUGCACCAUUUAGAUAAAUAUCUUCCACUCCAUGCGAGAAAUCGUUAAAAAAUAUUACAAUUAGAGGCCUAUUUAUUUUAAAGCAUUUUAAACUUCACUAUGCAAAAAUGAAGAUAAUUAGGCCUAGCAUAUGUUAACAUGGUGCUAUAAAUUUCAUAUUUAAUUUUGAUGCCAGGCUUUAUUUGCUUCAUUUCAUUGUGCCUAACAUUCUGUAUAAUUUCUAAAAUCAUUAGAUAAUAAGUUAAUAAUUCUUUUGUGAAACAUCAGCAAUAGGUUCACAGCCAUUUGUAAAAAAGAAGUUAUAGUUCCAGGAAUGACAAUAAUGAGAGAUAUUGCUAUCAAGGACUCAGAGUUUGUUCCUGGUGAACAAGCUGUUACAAAAAUCCAGGACUUUCAAAGAGAUGAUGUUUUGUUUGAUUACUGUGCAUUGCCAGAGGUAAUCAUUGAAAGUGGGCAUGUGUGGGGUAGCGGGAAUGGAAAUAAUUAUCUUUAUUUUUGGAGAGCUUAGAGGACAAGAGUUUCAAUAAUUAUUUUGAAUAGCUACACAUAAUUAACAUUAAUUUCCAUUAUAGCUAUCUUUUGAUAUGACACAAUUGGGGCUUAUGUGAGGGUUAAAGGUGGGAGGGUAUCAUUCCCCACUCCCCCAGUAUUUUAGCAUUUGUAAUUGUUACAAUGAUUUGUAAUUUUAAAUAAUUGGGUUUAUAACUGAGAAGAAAAUCAACCCUUCUAUCUUUUUUUAAUGUAAAUUAUCCAACAAAGUACUACUCUGUAAAUUAUUGUCUGUCAUUUUUUAAUUUUUCUCAUUUUUUUCUUAUUCUUAGGUUGUUGAAUACGUUGAAUGUUUUACUGGUCCAGAUGUCAUAGCCAUGCAUACAAUGUUGAUAAAUAAACCACCUGACUCAGGUAGAACUGUUAACUAUGCAAUUUUUUUUUUUACAAAUGCACUGGCCUUUGUGCUUGGAGAAUAGUCAUUUAUUGAAUUUGCCUUUGCGCAUAGAGAAUAGUUGUUUAUUAUUGAAUUUGCCUUUGCGCAUGGAGAAUAGUAGUUUAUUAUUGAAUUUGCCUUUGCGGUUAGAGAAUAGUCAUUUAUUGAAUUUGCCUUUGCGCUUAGAGAAUAGUCAUUUAUUGAAUUUGCCUUUGCCCUUAGAGAAUAGUCAUUUAUUGAAUUUGCCUUUUCGUGAAAUUUUCUCUUUUAAAGAGAGCAUUGACCUCGAGUGGUGAUUAAAAUCAAAAUAGCAUGUAGAGGAUUUUAUUUUAAAAAAAUAUUAUUUCUCAUUAUUAUAAAUGCUAUACCAUUAAGUAUGUUUAAAUUUGUAGAUAUGUAAUGAAGAAUGCAGCUUUUGCAUAUUUGAAUUUCUCCAUUAACCACAAUUCUAACAUUUUCUUAUUAUAAUGUUUAUCAGGUAAAAUGACGUCCCGCCACCCCAUGCACCAAGAUUUGCACUACUUCCCUUUUAGGCCUGCUGACCGCAUUGUAUGCUCUUGGACAGCUAUGCAGAAAAUCAACAGAGAAAAUGGCUGUCUUGUGGUUAUACCUGGAACUCACAAAGGGGAGCUUCUUGUGCAUGAAUAUCCAAAGUGGGAGGUUAGCAGAUAAGUCUGUAGUACAUACACUCUACGGUGGUCAUAUUGAAUUGUUAGUCUUGUGGCGCAAGGGUAACAUUGAUCCAUCUUUACAGGAAGUAGCAGAUUCAAAUUUAGUCAAGAGUCUUUCACAGCUAUAGGUAUUAUCAGCUUGAAGGAAGGGACUUGUUAGAUCAGUAUGGCAGCUCUUUCUUGACUAAAAACCCCAGCACAACAACCAAAGUCAGAAAACACCCAGAAAUGUUAUAUAAAAAAAAUCUUAAUGAAAUCGAAUCCUCUUGUGAUAUGCAUACGGUUAAAAUAUCUAAAAAAUCAUAACUCAGGAUGAAAUUUUUUUGAGGUGGUAAUAUAAAUGCUGGCUAGAUUCUCAGAAAAAGAGUAUAGAAUAAAAAUGAAUUUAAGUUUUUAAGGAAUUUCUUUUUUUGUCAACACAUUAAAAAUAUUAAUUUAAUUACAUUUUAUGCCUGUCAUUUAUUUUUUAAUGUAGGGUGGGGUCAAUAAAAUGUACCAUGGCAUUCAGAACUAUGAUCCCAGCCAAAGCAGAGUUCAUCUGGAAAUGGAAGAAGGGGACACUGUAUUUUUUCACCCUAUCCUAAUCCAUGGAUCUGGUACUAACAGGUCAAAAGGAUUUAGAAAAGUAAGUUCCUGAGUUUACAAAGAGUGAUAUUAUUACAGACAGACCAUCCACAAUACUUAAAGGACACCUAUGUUGUUAACAAACACAGAGCGUCUUUAAAAAUAGUAUAUUUCUGUUCCACUAAGUUCCAGUGGUUGGUUUGAUUGCAAUGGUAGGCGUAGACUUAAUUUAAAGCUAAAAUAAUAAUUUGGAACAACCACUUUAUCUGGGGGGUUAAUUAGCUAGUGUGCUGUGAACACUUGUCAUUAUAUCAUAAAUAACAGAUAUGGGGAAUUUGAGAUUCAAAAUAAUUUUUUUUACGUCUAUUUCAUUGGGUUGAAAUAAUACAAGUAGUUGGUCUUUGUCAGCCUCCCUUAACUUAUAAUGAAUUUAUAAAACACAUUAGUGUCUGGAAGUGAUUAAUUCCUAAAGAAAGGUUCACCUCCAACACCUACCGACAACAAAAAUUCAUUCUUGCAAAGAUAAAUGCUGUUGAUGUAUAAUAAUUAAUAAUAUUGAUAAUUGCUUUGUGUUGUGUCUGCCUGUUCAGACAUACCCCACUCUGGAUUGGGGUCAGCUGAUUAAUUUUUUUGGUGGAAAACAGGUGUCUUUGGCAGCACUUGCUUUGAAACCACAUGAUUGACGGGGCUGAAUGGCUUGUACCAAAUUGUGGUAUCAUAAAUAGCGUGCUUUGACAAUUCUAAAUAAAAACAUUUCUAAAGUUGAUUACAAUCUUAUAAAAUAUGUCAAUCUGACCUUGUAAUAAGGAACAGUUUGUGGGGGGGGGGGGGGCAUAUAAUAAAUAGGUUAAAAACUGGAUUUCUAAAACCUGUAAUUGGAUUUAACAAAUAUAACUGAUAUCCCUACACUAGACCAGAGCUCUGCAACCUUUUUUUCCCUUGCGGCACACCCUAGGCCUAUCCAAAUAUUGAGCAGCACACCACAAGUAAAAACAUUGCUAAAUUUUGGAUUUCAAAGUACAUAAGUGAAAUGAUCAUGAACCAUUAGAACUUUUAUACUAAAUGACAGAUUGUUGUUAAUCUAUAUAAUGGCAUGUAAUGCUUGAAGGUAAUGCAGAGCUAAGUUCUAGUCCGGGCCUGCACAACUCAAAAUGUAAGGCGGGCCAUAAUACUUAAUGAAAAACUUGUGCGGACCAUAAUAAUUUAUGAAAAACUUGUGCGGGCCUAAAGAUGAUAUGACAGCGGGGAAAGCUAUUAAAAUAAUAAUAAAGAAUAUUUCGUUACUUCGCUGGCCUCCAACUAGGUGCUUGCGGUCGCAUGCUGGCCAUAUGUUGUGUAGGCCUGCUCUAGAUUAUAUCAAAUGUUGAAGUACUUAAUUUGAUUGAUAUAAUAUGCAAAUACAUACUAAGAAGCAAAUAAAUGUAUACUGCUAUUAAUAAAAGGACUUUACUUCAUUUUCAUUUAUUGAAUAAAUCAUGUAAAUGACGCUGUUGUAACUCCUACCUGACUGCAAAUGAAGCUAGAUAAAAUACUUAAUUUCUGUAAGCAGAUAUCUUGGGAUUUCGGGUUUGAAAAUCGAUAUCUCAGAACACGGGAAAAAAAAAAGAAAUAUUCAUCUAUUCUACAUUGUGUUUCAGUCCAUUUCAUGUCACUAUGCAAGUGGUCAAGCCCAUUAUAUAGAUGUAAAAGGCACAGAACAGGAAACAAUUGCAGAUGAAAUUUAUGAAAUCAUUCGACGCAAACUUGGACGGGACGUGGACAUCACAUUUGCCGUAAAUUUUACAUAAAUAUAUAUGGUGCUUGGCAAAUAUUAAUUUUUAAAAAUUUCAUACAUGAAUAAAUCAAGGCAGUUUAAUGUUAAACUAUAAAGUUUCAACCCUUAUAGAUUAGAGCAGUGGGAUCAAUAAAAAGCUGAUACAUGUAUUGUUAAAAAAAAAAAAAAAAAAAAAAAACUAAUUUUUAAAAAUUUCAAAGAUAAAUAAAUCAAGGCAGUUUAAUGUUAAACUAUAAAGUGUCAACCCUUAUAGAUUAGAGCAGUGGGAUAAAAAAAAAGCUGAUACAUGUAUUGUUAAAAAAAAAAAAAAAAAAAGUACACUUACUAUUUAUGGAAAGUUAUUGAAAUUGUCAUUGAACUUUUAAUAAUCAUAUAAGAAAUUCCAUUUAAAAUCUUUUAUCUCAGGAUGUUUGGAAGUACAAGAGCCGCCCGGUUAAAGGUGAAAACACCCUGAAUUCAACUUAGAGAUUCAUGGAUGUUUGACGAUAGUACAUGCACAUCGAAGACAGGUACAGCAUAAACAUUUAUUUCUACUGGUGAAAUAUUUGUAGUUUGAAUACCUGUAACAAAGAAUAAAAGUAAACUGAUUUGUAAGAAAAACAUAAUUUAUACGAUUAAAUUAUAAAAAGAAAAAAGGGGGCAUGGUUUCUCAUAGGCUCAUGAGGACAUGUGUUGAAUGCUUGAGAAUUUUGUAUCCUUUCAAAAACUUUUCAACUGUUUUUAAAAGAAUUAGUAAGACCUUUUAAGUUUUGUCAUAAAAUGAUUUGUUGCUUUUCUUAAUUUAAGUUUCAUUUAUUUAUUUUUUCUUUAUUUCUAAAGAACUAUUUUUUUAUGUCCAUAUUUUUGCAUCUUCCUUUUUCUGGUACCAUUUAAAAAAAAACAACUAAUCCCUUUCGAGGGUGUUUGUAUUAGUAAAGCAACAUUUUUUUCUUAUUAUCCAGCUAAGUAUUGGGCCAAAUGAUCACCUGGAGCAGGAAGACCUAGCUAGAUUUUUUUUAAAAUUAAAAAAAUAUUUUUAAAAACUGCAUUUUUAUUAGCAGCACCACAUGUUUUUGUGGUUAUUUUUGUUUGGCGCAUUAUUUGUACCAAUAACGGUGCAUAUUUUUGCUUGUUUCUAUCAAGUUAAUUAAAUGAGGAAAACUACCAUUGCUGAAUUAUUUUCAUAUUUAUAUUAUUAAAAUAUUAUUCAUCUGGCCGAGAGGAGGUGGGGGAAGAAUUGGGGUUGUAGUAAUGUUUUAGCACUGGGUGUGGUGUUGCAUAAGAUUUAGAAUCCCUGCCUUAAUGGAUGGCUUUUUUAUAUGAAAAGAAGUUGUUCACAGAGGUGGAGUCGCAAAGAGAAAUUUCAACCUCAUUUAAAACUUUUUUAAUUAAAUUUGUACUAAAUAUAAUUUUUGGUUCUUCCUUUAUUUUUGCAUUUUCAUAAUUAUAAUUUAAGUCUUCACUUUGAUUUUAAAGCAACCAAUUUUUACUUACAUAUAUAUUUAUUCAAGUCUUCAUCUUAUAACAGAUUCAGAGUGUAGAUUUUUGUUUAAGUUGAGUAUUAGGAUUGAAGAGUUGAACAAAUAAUUUGUUGACAAUUGUACCUGUUGAUGAAAUAAAUAAAUGAUGUCUGAUUUAUGUUUACAAACUUUUUAAAAUUUCCUUUUAUUCAUAAUUAAAUUUAAAGGCUCUAUUCCAUUUCAAGGCUUGUAUGAUUCAGUAAGUAAGACAAUACAAAUGUUCAAUUUGGGGUUCAUAUCAAAACUUCAUAUUUCUCUAAAAGAACUGUUAAGCACUUUUAGUUAGUAACUAUUCAUAAAAGUAUAACUACUUGCGCAUUGCUUCAAAUUUAAAUUAUCUACAAAUAAUAUGCAUUUCAAUCCAGUGGAAAAGAUGAUGAAUUGAGAAUAAGGUUUUUCAUAUCCUGGCCUUUGGCUUAUCCCGGGAAAACCUGAACGAAGUUUUUCUCAUCCUGGGAUUAAAGUAAUUUAAUUAAAAUAUAUUAUGAACUGAAUUGAACUAUAAAAGAGUUGAUUUUCAUUGUUGUAAAAUUGUUAUUGUCUAUUAAUGAAUAAUACAAUAUUAAGGUUAGUUGAGAGUUUGGUCCCUUGCUACUAGUUGCUUCACUUUCCAAUGCAUAUCCCUAAUAAUGGAUAAUUAGCUAAUAAUAUGCUUGUUACGCAAAAGUUGGAUAAAACUGCGUGAAGAAAAAACAAACUCAACACUUUGAAUUUUGCAUUCUUUCUAGUUUUUAACCAAUCACUAUAUCUUUUAAAGAAACUAUUUAAUUGCUUAUCAAAUUUGCUGACAAAACUGGUAUUUUUCCAAAAGGUCUACUUGAUUAGAUAAAUGACAGCCAAUACAUUUUGAUCAGCUGGGACAUGUCCUUCAUGAUAACAGAUAACAUGAACUGAUGUAACAACAAAAGAUAUUUCUAUCACUUUAAAAAAAAAAUCUUAUCAAUAACAUUAUUAUUAAAAUGAUUCCUUAAAAUAGAUCAAAUCUUACAUAAAAAUAAACUUUAAUAAAGCUAAAAUCCAAUGUUGACUUGAUGCAAAUAAAUCAAACCAAAUUUGUAAUGUGUUUUUUUCUUCCCAAAGCCCAAACACAAAAUGCAGAAUAAAUAUUAAUCCAAGUGAAGCUGUAUUACAAUUUUUCUUGUUAUGUGAAUGAUUCAUUACUAAGAGACAUCAUAUAUAAUUCUUAAUUUCUUU